CAUAGUAUAAAACACACACUCUUUAUUCGAUAAUCUUUAUAUUUUUGUAUUCAGUUUGUUUAAGCCUUUCUCCAAAUCUGCGUUUUCCAUAUAAACCGAGCUCGUCGUUUCUUCGGUUCUCCAAAAUCAACCCCCAGUUUCACGUAAACCAAACACCAAAAGAUCCUCUCUGUCUCUCUCUCUCUCUCUCUCGGUCUCUCUCACUUUCUGGCAUUUUUUCGUAUGGUUUUGGUUCGUUUUCGAUGGUGAUGGAGGACGCGGAGAGCUGCGGGAGUAGGUCGCAGGACUCGUCGACGUCGCCGGUGCGGACUCCGCAUCAGCGGCAGAAGCUGGAGGUGUACAAUGAGGUUCUCCGGCGCCUGAGGGAUUCGAACAACGAGGAGGCUAUUCAGCCUGGCUUCGAAGACCAGCUUUGGGCUCACUUCAAUCGCCUCCCCACUCGGUAUGCGCUGGAUGUGAAUGUGCAGAGGCCAGACGAUGUUCUUAUGCACAAGAGAUUGCUGCAUUCGGCUCACGAUCCCGAUAGACGUCCUGCGAUUGAAGUCCGCCUCGUGCAGGUUCAUUCAACUUAUGAUUGGCAUUCGGUUGAUUCCAUGCAUUCAGAUUUUCCUCGUGAAGAAGCUGCCCAAAGUUCUAUAAACUGCUCAAGCAGACAGAGCAUACAUCCACCACCUGCCUUUGGUUCAUCUCCUAAUCUUGAAGCCCUUGCGCUUGAAGCAAAUAACUCUCAUGAUCAAGAUGAUGAACAGUCUGUACAUGCCAGUGCACAGUUUUCUCGGCCCCUGCAUGAAAUCACCUUCUCAUCAAAUGACAAGCCCAAACUCCUUAGUCAGUUGACUUCCUUGCUUGCUGAGAUGGGACUAAAUAUCCAAGAGGCACAUGCUUUUUCAACAAUAGAUGGUUACUCCUUAGAUGUCUUUGUCGUUGAUGGUUGGCCUUAUGAGGACACAGAUCAGCUUCAAACUGCAUUGGAAAGAGAAGUUUUAAAAAUUGAGAGGCAGGCUUGGUCGAAUCCUCGAUCAUCACCUACUGUAGGUGAGCUUGAUCAAACAGUGGUCAAGUGUGAACCUGAUCAUUUGACAAUACCUAAUGAUGGGAUUGACGUAUGGGAAAUUGAUCCUAAGCAUUUGAAGUUUGGAAACAAAAUUGCAUCGGGGUCGUAUGGCGAUCUGUACAAAGGUACAUAUUGUAGCCAGGAAGUGGCUAUUAAAGUUCUCAAGCCUGAGCGUGUAAAUUCAGAUAUGCAGACAGAGUUUGUACAGGAAGUCUUUAUUAUGAGGAAAGUUCGACAUAAGAAUGUUGUACAAUUCAUAGGUGCAUGUACCAAGCCUCCAAGCUUGUGUAUUGUAACAGAAUUUAUGUCUGGUGGAAGUGUCUAUGACUAUUUACAUAAACAGAGGGGUGUUUUCAAGCUUCCAUCCUUGCUCAAAGUAGCAAUUGAUGUUUCCAAGGGAAUGAACUACUUGCACCAAAAUAAUAUAAUCCACAGAGAUUUGAAGGCUGCUAAUCUUUUGAUGGAUGAAAACGAGGUUGUUAAGGUUGCUGAUUUUGGGGUUGCUAGAGUAAAAGCUCAAUCUGGAGUUAUGACUGCAGAAACUGGGACAUAUCGGUGGAUGGCUCCUGAGGUUAUAGAACAUAAGCCAUAUGAUCACAAGGCUGACGUUUUCAGUUUCGGAGUUGUGUUAUGGGAGUUACUAACUGGAAAGCUCCCAUAUGAAUACUUAACCCCAUUGCAAGCAGCUGUUGGAGUCGUUCAAAAGGGUCUACGGCCUACUAUCCCAAAGCAUACUCAUCCAAAGCUUGUUGAGCUGCUAGAGAAAUGCUGGCAGCAAGAUCCAGCAUUAAGACCAGACUUCACCGAAAUUAUAGAGAUACUGCAGCAAACGGCGAAGGAGGUUGGGGACGAAGGAGAGGAACGGCGCAAGGAGAGGUCAACUGGAGGGUUCCUGUCUGUUCUUAGACGGGGCCAUCACUAGUGAAGAGAGAUAAUAAUGUCGCUUAACAUGGACGUAGAAUUUACUGUGCAGACCACCUUUCACUUUUUACAUCAGUAUGUACAGUAUGUUGUCUACGUGAUCAGGUUUUUCUUUUUUCUUUUUCUUUUUAUACCUUCUGAUAUAUAUUACUUGCAUCCAUUCUUUUAACCAGCCAUUCCCUUACUUUGUGUUGUUACAAGACUAAUUAAUCUGUAAGAAUGGAUGAUGGUUUGGUUGAGAGUUGUAACUUAUUACA